ACGGCGAAGGAACUCGUGGAGCAUUUUGAACGUUCGUGCAUUGCUGACGGUGAAAGGCAAGUGGGCUGGAACUCAUGCACACGCGGUCAGAAAAACAAACAAACAAACAAACAAACAGCCACGAGUGCUGCGCGUGCUGUUGCAUUUCUAAAGCGCGGGACGGACGGGCUCGCGCUCCGAGCCGGACCUGUGCUGGAACCACGCGCCAAUGCCGUCGUGAUUUGAGCGCAUGCGCAAUAGCGCUUUUCAGAGCUGUGUGGAUUUUAGCUGCAAACUAGCCACCAUUGGUGAGUUUGGAUUCUUCGUCGAAGUUGUCCAGUUUUUCUCAGCUCCUACGGAUGCCCAGCAGACAGUCUGACUCCAGGGUAUGAGAAUCAGACUGCCUUUUACAAGCUUGACCGUGGCCAAAUAUUGCUUGCAGCAUGGAGGAUGAUGGAACCGAGUUGACACUGGAAAAGAACAUAUUGAAGGAAAAGUCUUGUCUAGUCCCCUCUUCACACUCAGUGUUUGUGGAUUUGAAACCAGGCAAAAUUGACGAGUGUGGCAACAAUCAGGCAGACCAGCAAGCUAGAUUGUCCCCUAUUACACUUACUAAAAGCUCUACCCAGAAAAGUCACCCAAUCAGUGACAUUAAAGUUACUCUGGAGAAUGAAUCGGUUUGGAGUCGGUUUCACAGCUUGGGCACAGAGAUGAUCCUCACAAAGCAAGGCCGGCGCAUGUUCCCAUGCUGCCGCUUUAAACUGAGUGGAUUGGAGCUGCAAAAGAAGUACUUUCUGGUUAUGGAUAUCAUGCCUUUAGAUGAUUUUACCCACAAAUGGAACGGAAAGACGUGGGAGCCUGUUGCCGUGGAUGAGCCACAUGUGCUGGGACAGAUGUGUGUUCACCCAGAGUCCCCAGCCCUGGGCCAGCAGUGGAUGGAUAGCCUGGUGUCCUUUUACAAGGUGAAACUAACCAACGAUUCCACGGACCAAGAAGGCUGUGUGCUUUUGCAUUCAAUGCACCGCUACCAACCACGACUGCAUGUUGUUCCCGUGGAUCCAGAUUCAGAAGGGACUAUUGCACUUGAUAAUCCAAACGUUAAGACUUUCAGCUUCCCCCAAACAGAGUUUUAUGCGGUCACCAGCUACCAGAACCCCCAGAUCACUCAGCUUAAAAUUGACUGUAACCCUUUUGCAAUGGCCUUCAGAGAAGACGCUCGGAGCAUUCAUCUGCUGCAAGACAAACUCAGGCUCUGCUCUUCUGUUGGUAAACGCUUUAAAUCUCCUCUUCUACGUUUGGCCCGGAAUCUGGGUGAAAAAUGGAAAGAGGGUGCAGAAAAGAGCACAUCCUCAACCUGUAUUCAAGAUGACAGAAUAAGAAGUCUUCAUCCAGAGUCAGCAUCUCUGAAAGAGGGAGAGGGGAUCUCUACUAAAAUGGGAAAUGCCACUUUAAAUUGCCAAAAUAAUGUGGCUUUGUGCCAAGAAAAUAAAGGAAAUGAAACUGUCGUGAAUAAAUGUCCAGCAGAACCUGCACUGGAUAAGCAUGUCGCAACUUUGGCUUUUGAAUCAAGUAUAACUUUAGAAGAACCCUUGCAAAACACUGACGAACCAGUUCCUCUCAUCAGCGGCACUGAAAAUCCAAAACCUCCUGACGUUUCUGAGGAUGCUGUCAAUUCUCAAGUAAGCUGCACAAACAGUGAAUCACCUACAAAAUCAUCUGUGGCUGCUCAGACUCGGGAGGAGAGAAAGUCUGCUGCUGUUUUCCUGCCCAGACCACCUUUCCUUAAUGGUAGUCAAGUACGCGAGCAGAAUUCAGGCCAUCUGUUCAGUCGUAGACCUUAUCGGAGGAGCAGGAAAGCUAAAUCUAAAUGGUGGUCUAAUGUGAAGUACGCAAAACACCCUCUUGCUGCAGUUGAGCCGCUUAAUGUUCCUUUGCAACCAGACCUUGAAGAUGUGGAAGGAAUGUUGUUUGUAUCUUUUGUUGCAAAGGAAGCCUUAAAUAUUCCUGUUGACAACAUAAAAGUAAGUGAAACAUCUCUGCCUCCACCACCUCCCCCACUUGACCGGCCAGAUCAUCAUGAAGCUGAAGAUGUCAGUCUUUCUAUGGAGGAAAGAAUUGCCAGAUUGGAGAAAAUUUUACUCCUUCAUCUAAAAGAGCAAAAGCACAGACAGGUCAUUCACCCACGCCUACAAGAUGUUGGCAUGAAGUUGAGCCUUCUGGAUCCAAAGUUACCUAUAGACUUGCAGUACCUUGGUGUGCACUUACCUCUUCUCUCACCUAUUCACAAGGGUUUGGAUAAAAUGAAUCCCAUGAGCCUAUCAUCAUCAUCAUCUCCUGAAUGUUUUGUGUCACGGACUGGAAAGACAAACGAUCCAACAAAGAUAAAAGGCUGGAGAGAUAAAUUUAAGACCAACACGGUACAGAGUGCACCUGAAGGCCUGAAAAACAGUUCCGCAUUCUGUAGUGAAAUGCUAGAUGCGUAUCUUGAAAACGAGGCCCAGCAGAUCAGCGAUCGUGUUGCUGUAUUUUCCAAAUGCUCUGCAUCGCCAGUAUCGUACCAGCUCCCUUCGAAGAGCAGCAGUUACGUGGUCACUCUGGAUAGUCUACUUAAGACUCGAUCUGUUUCAUCAAACAAGGUGGACAGCAAACCGAUGGACAAAACCCUGUGCAAAUCUUCACGUCGAAGAUCUCCAAGUGCUGCUGUACCUUUGUCUUCAGCAAGGUUUCGAAAUGGGUUGCAAGGAACCCAAGAGAACAAGAGAAAAGUCGCGCGUUCGUUUAAAGCACGUCGACGCGCAGUGCCUACAGUUCAAGCCAGCAGAUCCACGAGCUUUGUUUCUAGACCCGUAACGAAGAAACAACCUGCCAAGUCUCAGCCGAGAUGGAACUCCAGUGCAGAGACAAGAAGCCACGUGCGUAGUGUGAUCCCUGUAAAAGUCCAAAACCACAUGAUGCUUCAGGAGAUGGAGGAAGAGGCGGUCUUUCAUGGUAAAGCUUGUACACACAUCACUACUGCGAGAGCCAAAUUUGCUCUUACUUCUCUGCUUAAUUUCCAGAAACCGCGUAAAAGGCCUCGGUUCUGCAUGCCCCAUAAAGAUGAGAAUGCAUGUCCUGAGGCUUUCUGUCGUUUGGGCUGCAUAUGCGAUAGCUUGGACAGGGAAAUCCGAGGGCCUACCCACUGUCGGAGAGUUGAAUGCAUGUUUGACUGCAACUGUUUCAAGCACAAGGUUCUUCUGCUCCACCCUCCUUCAGAAGCAAAAGUGACUGUCCAGCAGGGCAGGAAGCGAUCACUGCUGGCUUUUCCUAUUGCAGACCCAGAGAGGGAACCCAGACCACCACCUGCAUCCAGUGUCCCCACUUUAUGGAAAAGGACUACAGGAGAACAUGACCCUGAGCCAUUAUUUAUUCCAGCGCCUUCGUCGUCUUUCAAACCUGUGUCUCGUGUACAUCCCAGUCUUAACGUUUCCACCAGUAAGGUGCAGGAAGAAGAUAAAGAUCCUGUGUAUCUGUAUUUUGAGAGUAUGAUGACGUGUGCUCGUGUGAGAGAAUACAACAGUAAUCCACCGCCUCAGAUACACAUGUUCCUUAACAGAAAUGAAAUAAAAGAUCUCGAGCAGGCUAAUGAAACUGUUGAAGCAGGUGAACCAGCAUCCUCAAAAAACAAACCAGAGACUCCAGUAACCCCAGGUGAGCCGAAGCCCACUAAACUGCUGGAAAUCCUGUCCGAGUGUAACUGGGAGCCUCAUCGGAAUUUAUUGCUGAGAGUUCUGUUCCAGCGCAUGAACAGCAACCUCCUCUCUGAGUCUUUCUGCUUUGGCAUGUACAAAAUACAGCUUCUUUCUACGACCAUCAAAGGAGUCGACAGGUACGCUACAGUUACUUACAAGGUGUGCAUCUCCCGGGCGGAUGAAAAAGAGAUGACUGAAGACUUGCAACUACCAGAGAAGAAGACAAUGAGAAAAAGUUUACAGGGCUUUGAAGCCAAAGUUUUGAAAACCAAUGAAACACGAGCUCAGAAAGCAACAGCUGACACUGAUUCUGGGCGAAAGAGUAGCGCCUCGGUGAAAAAACAAGAGAGAGCGUCACUCUUUAAGAGACUCUUAAGUGCUGUGCCCUUCUCCACCCAUGUUGCUCCUCUUGGUUAUCUCAAGGCAAAUAAAAAGAAACCAGGAAGCCCUGCUCAAGGUCUAAUUACGAUAAGAGGUGGAACAUACAAUCAAGCCAAACUCCUGCUGGGCCAGCUGGGAGCGUUACAUCCAGUGAAUCGCUUUGCAGCUUUUAUCGUUGGCAGGCUACUGCCUAGACCUCAAGAUCAACCGAAAAUUGAGAGUGAUAUCACCAAAGCUUGUCCUCCCAAAGCCCCUCACAAGGCAAGCUCUAUAACCGAAGUGGCGCACGUUUCAAAUCAAACUCCUUCAAAUCUUGUUGUGACCAGAUCUCCUUUCGCCAUUGCACCGAAACCAACCACUGCUUCCAAGAACAGACGCUCAAACAUAAGUCACGUGAAUGCCUGUUCAAAUCUUCUGGGCUCACCUUCUGGCACAACUCCCACUGUGCCUGGUGGCUCCAGAUUUAUUGUUAUGCCAGGAAGACCUUCCAACUUUGCAGCUGCUCUUUCAGCAGAAACUGUCACUAGUUCCACUCUUCCACCUGGCCAGAAAGUGGUUCUGCACCCUGCGCCAGGAAUGCCGGAGUCGAACUUUUUAUGUCGGUACAAUGGCCAAACGAUCCAACUCAUGCCUGUCAGCUCUGGACCUCUUGAUCAGCCACAGCCCAGUUCUGUCAGUGAAGGUAGCACUUCACAGGUUAUGCAAACUACUUAUAAUACAUGUCUACCAAAAGACACCAGAUCUCUUCAGAAGUCUUUGAACUCUACUCCUCUUACAAAUGUGUUACCCAAGCCUUUUCCAGUCAUUGCACCCAAAGUGCUUUCUCUGUCAGCAAAGAGUGGCAUGAACAUUGCCAAUGGCAUGCCAGCUUUUAAUUUAUCGUUGAAUUUUCCUGGUAAACCAGGCACAUUCUCUUUUCGAAUACGUCCCCCUACUGUCGAGGGCAAGUCUGUAGGGUCCAAGCAGAGUGGGAAGCUUCCUGAACCCUCUGUUAACAGUUCUUCUACUUUGGUGCUUCCUGGAGGUUUCACCUUGACAAAACUCCUUCACCCGGUUGUGCCAACUGUUCCUGCAAAUGUCACCUCAGCUGCUGCUCAUCCUGCCGGAAUCUCCCAGAAUAAUGAAAGUACGAAGACAUUUAUCUUGCAGGGUUGCUCCCCCAGCCUUGAACAAAAUUGCCAAGUCUCAAGAAGUAUUCCCAAACCGAUUCUUCCCGAAACAUCAAAUUGUAACUCUGUAGAGAGGGCUACAGCUGCUUUAAGCCAUAGCAGCGAUGGCUUUCCCUCAGAGCCUGCGGAGUCAGUAAAUACAGCGACUCCAGGCAAGUAUGACUGGUUACCUGAAGAUGCCGAGAUGCCACACACAAGUGAUGUCAGUGACGUGGAACCUAAGGAUAUGGAUGAUUGGCCACCCAGUGGAGCAGAGCGAAUUUUGUGGAUGGACUCUGCCGAUGAAGAGGAAAAUGAAGAUUCGAAUAAAGAGCUGAAUAAGAAUUUGGAUGUUGCUGCUGGAAGCCAAGCUGCAGAGGAAGCCAGCGAGUCCAAGACCACAACAACAGGAACUGUUAAAGCUGACUUUCGUAGCGGUGAUGAAUGUCUUCAUGGAGAUAAACUGUACUUUAAUGAAAAAUUGACUCCCAAACCCACCCACAUUCAUGAAAACGUCCAACACGACGCAUGUUCUAAACGCUCUCGUGCCGAUGAGCAAAAACAUCCGAAGCCGGGCAUGCCAGAUAGUGACCAAGAAAAGGUCUGUGAUCCAUUACUCAAUGCAGCUAACUCCAACACUGCAGAUAUUUGUAAAAAAGAGCCAUCUUUCUCAGCUCUCAUUAAAAACGGUGCCAAUAAUAAACGAUCACAGAUAUCCGUUGGAUCCCCUAAUAUCAGAGGACAAGUUACGAUUCAAGAAAAUUGUCCCUCAGUUCUUCAUAAAAAUGAGCCUGAUGAUAAACCAAGAAAAACUGACGUGGCUGGUGAUGAGCCUGACAUCAAGAACCAAGGCCUUGUACUAUUUGAAAAUAAUAGCACUUUAUGUAGCAGUAAAAUAGAAACUUAUAACAGUCAAACAGGUGAGAAUACACUUCUCGACCACUUCCUUAACAAGAAACAAAGGCCUGGUUCUAAUAAUAAUAAUGAUGGCGUUUCGAUUAAAAUAGAAUCAUGCAGCAACUCGCCCAAGAUAGACACCUGCUCCGUGCAAGAUGUUGCUGCUAAACAGCAUAUUGGCUCACAGAAUAUUUUACCACUUAUCAAUAAAGAAGUGACUCAAACAGUGACAGAAUUUUCCAGUGACUUAAGUAAGCGAGGUUUGGACUCGAACAGCUCUCAAAUUCUCAGUCAUAAGGAAUGCUAUAAUAAUCCAGCCAAACACGACACCGUGGCUUUACUGCAUCAUGAUGACAGUCAUGAGAAUAUCGCCAUUUCCGGUCAUGCGCCAUGCUCUUUACUGGAUGGUCAGACACCUGUGUUGAACUCCACAUCUACAGCACAGCUGCUAAACCCAGCCUCUUUGGGUCAGAAAACCGGCCUCAAAAGCAUUUCACCUUUGCCGCAUAACACGCGUAAAUCAUCCCCUGACAAGCCGCUUAAGUCUAAGACAGCAGUGGGAGAGCCGUGUGGUGAUGAUGAGAUUGUUGUGGAUGUGGUGAACUUGACUGAAGAUGAAGAUCCAAGUGAUGAGUUUGACAGAGGUGAGGACAAUUCAAGUGACGACGGCGAGGACAGCGAUGAAGAGGAUUCCAGUAAUGGCUCCACUAGUGACAGUGACCGUGCAGACACAUCUGAUGAUGAUGACAUUGACGUCGAGUCAUUUGAGGACAAUGGUGGAAAGAGGAUUGUGAACAUGAUAAAAGACAGAACCAGGCUUAAAAAGAGUGCAAAGAGAGCAGCUGCAUGGAGCAAAAAGAUUAAGCGUCUCACAAACAUUAUUAGCCCAGCAGGAUACCCGCCAACGUAUGAGCUAGUAAAACGGCAGAGUCACACUGAAAAAGAGCGUGUUCGUCGAGUUGAAAUGCGCCAGUCCUUUGCUUUACUAAGAGAAGCAUUGAAUGUUGAUGAACAAAUCCGAUUAGGCAGGCAUGACAUUCUCAAUCAGGCUCGAAUUAUGAUUUUGGCUCUCAAGGACCGGAGCCAGCGCUUAGAAGAAAGGAAAAAAGCCCUACUUCAGAGGCGGUCUGCUUAUCUCAGCAAGAUUGUAAAAUUAUCUGAAAGGACAGACGCUAGAGACGAGGCAAGUUUUAAGGAAAACCAUGAACAGCAAAAGCAGUUUGGGUCCCAAAACACCGUGACCUCAGUUGCAGCUCCUCCAGUAAACCCUCGACGGCUAGACAGUGACGGCAACAGACUCCCACCUCGUCUUGGACGCUGGAAAGCCCCUAAUUAUAUACGCAAAAGAUCCAAAAAGGCCUUACAUCAGGCUUCUAUUACCACCACAGAGGCAGCUGAUGAGAGUUUAGACUCGCAUUUAAGUCCUAAUACGCCAUGCAGCUACACUGUGAGUGGACCCUUGCCCUCGGUUAAAACAGAGGACCUACUGCGGACACUUAUUGCACAGAACCCCACUUGUCUCCCUCCAGUUCACAAAAGCCCUCAGCAGAAAAGUGUCUUACCAGAGCCCAAGCCAACAGAAAAGCGGUCACUGCCGAAGAUUGUGUUGCAGUCCUUCAGCAAGACUGAGUCUGUAAAACUCGCACGUGACGCAAGGCCAUCUCAACAAAGUUCCACUGAAGUCUCGAACGCCGAACCGUUAUCGGAUGGUGCUGUUUUAGAACUGCAAGACGAUGACAAAGGACUGGAAAAAUGCGAUGCAACAAAAGUCUCCGAUGGGACGGAGAAAACGUUAGUGUCCGAGCACGCGAACACAGAUGACCCAACUCCAUCCUCAGCACUCACUGAGAGCGAUGUCCAGAAUAACACCAUGUCCAAGUUGGAAAAGGAUGAACAAGCCUCUGCAGCCGCGGUGAAAGUGAGAAAAAAAAGGGGAAGGUCUGAAGUGGUCAUAGAAGAGGCUUUAUCCAGCCCUGAUUUCUUUGGACCCAGGCAGCUAAGGCAAAGAGCCACUGCAGUUAAUGGAAGGGCUGCAAAAGGAGGCUCAGCAAAUAAACGAAGGAGGAUGAUUUAGAUGUGUUGUAGUAACUUGUGAACUUUUCUCACACUCCAGCUUCGCAAUCGUGCCUGUUCAUCGUGCAACUUUUGACUUUUCUGUUUUUCUUUUGAGGCGACGGAGGAUUUGAAAGAAACCAGUUAUAUAAAUUUCUCCAUAUGCCCCUGCACCAGAACUCAAGCAUACAGACGACAGCAGCUCUACGUCUCGUUUAACGGUUGCAUCCAGUCUGUUAGAAGUGACCACUAUCCCUUCAUUUGCCUCUUCAGGGUAGGGCAAAGACAGUGUACACUUGUUACCCAUCCUGAGGGUUAUCAAGAAUGCAGUAGCAUUUGAAUGAAACAUUAAAUUAAUGUAAGCAUAUUACCUGUUUCCUGGGAGACCCAUAUUGGGGUAAAGUUACUAAUAUGCUUGUCCUUUUUUGGUGGCGCUCAUAUUACAUUGCUCUUCAUGCUUUCAUGUUUUGUUAAUAAGGGUUUCAUAUACUGUAUAUAUAUAUAUAAGCAAGGAAGGGGUUAACUCAUUAUAUGCAUAUGAGAUGUAAUUUUUUUUUUAAACUGGUAAUCAUGUUGGGUCUAAUUAAUUAUUGCAAAAUAUCUUUGGCAGUAUAAAUGCCUCGGGGUCAACAGAUUGCAAGUGAAUACCUGCUGUCUUCAGUAAAGUAUAAAGGAUAUACAUGUGUAAAAACUACUUGAUUUAAAUAUAUGCCCAAAAAAAAAUGUAUGCGAGCCUUCAUAUGUGGGUUUUUUUUUAUUGCUCAACUGGAUGCAUUCAUUUACAUCAGACAUUUCUAGUUUACAGUAAUCAUACAGGCCCCUCCAAAGGUAUUGGAACGGCAAGGCUAAUUCUUUUGUUUUUGCUGCACACUGAAGAAUUUAUGUUGAUUUCAAAAGAUGAACAUGAGACAAUGGAUCAGAAUUUCAGCUUUCAUUUCCUGAUGUGUAUAUAUACAGCGCGAUACGUUAACUUGAAAAAUGGCACGUUUUGUUUGAGCUCACCCGUUUUUCAAGGGGUCAAAAAUAUUGGAAUGCAUUUCUUGUUGCCCAGAUGUGCCUUGUUAUAUUGAUUUUGCUUAAACCAGGAGCCUUCAAUCUUAUCCAGAAAUUCCAUUUCAACUAAGGAGGAGCUUCACCUGAUUCCACUUGUUUAAUCAGUUCUACAUGGAGUCAAAACAACUGAAGUGUGCCUCUUAUUGGCCUGGAAAGAAAGUCUGCAGCGACACUGGCCCUUUGUGGAUGUGCAGCAAGUUGAAUUUUUUUUUUUUUACAUUUUAAUGUGAAUUUUAAUAAUUAAAUGGUGUAGAAGCAUACUUUAAUAUACACAGUUGGGUUCAUAAGUAUUUGGACAGUGUCGGUUUUGUGAUUUUUGCCUCUGUACACCACCACAAUGGAUUUGAAAGGAAGCAAUCAAGAUGCAAUUGAAGUGGAAACUUUCAGCUUUAAUUCAAGGGUUUUAACUUGUGUAACAGUUAUUCCAUGAAAUUGAAUCAUACAUGAGCUGAUAGCUGAUGAGGCGUGUAGGGCCAAGUUGGCUAUAAGCUAUGUACAACGGGAUUGAGUGGAAUGACUGUCUUAUUCUAUCCACAUUCACUGGAUUUUGAAAAGCAGAGCAUUCUUUUUUGUAAAUUCCAUAAAUAAACUUUAUACAAAAUGUCUGACAA